GUUUUGUUUCGUCAUCGCUACGUCGAGCGUCCCUUCCCGCUCAGUACUUCCUCCAAUUUCACUGGUUUCGUGUCGUGCGGAGGAGUCGCACGUCAAUAAACGCUCUCGAGGUUAUUGCAAGCUAAACGUUCAGAAUGAGCACUCGAGUAUUCGUUGGCGGAUUAACGUACCGGGUGAGAGAGCGCGACCUUGAGAAGUUCUUCCGGAAAUAUGGUAGAAUCAAGGAGGUCGCUAUGAAGAACGGAUUUGCCUUUGUGGAAUUCGAUGACUAUAGAGAUGCUGAUGACGCCGUCUAUGAACUAAAUGGAAAGGAACUUUUAGGAGAAAGAAUUACUGUAGAGAGGGCCCGGGGGACACCUAGGGGUAGUGACCAGUGGCGCUAUGGUGACUCCCGUGGUGGUUAUGGGGACUCGAGGCGAUCUGCCCGAGACGAUAUGCGGCACGACAGAGAUAGUGUGAACAGAAACACGAGGACUGCAUCUAGCUACAAGCAAUCAUUGCCCAGAUAUGGACCACCCACACGCACCGAGUACCGCCUCACCGUGGAGAAUUUAUCAAGCCGUGUCAGUUGGCAGGAUUUGAAGGAUUACAUGAGACAAGCUGGAGAAGUGACAUACGCUGAUGCUCAUAAACAACGUAGAAACGAGGGAGUUGUAGAAUUCGCAACGUAUUCCGACUUGAAAAACGCCAUCGACAAAUUGGAUGAUACAGAAUUAAAUGGCCGCAGAAUUAGGCUCAUUGAAGAUAAGAGACGCGGCCGUCGUUCAAGAUCAUCUAGUUCACGAUCACGCUCACGAUCUCGUUCACGAUCCCGUCGUCGAUCGCGUUCGCGCUCAAGGAGUCGCCGCAGUUCUCGCAGUCACAGUCGCCGUAGCAGCCGUUCCAAAUCUAGAGCACACUCGAAAUCCAAAUCCAAGUCUAAAUCCAAAUCUCCCGAGCGCAGUCGCUCACGCUCAAAGUCCAAAUCAAGAGACCGCUCAAAGUCGAAAUCUAAGUCAAAGUCCAAAUCCAGAUCUCGUUCUAGGUCCAAGGCUGAGAGGUCAAAGUCCAGGUCGCAGUCCAAAUCCAAAGCCAAGUCUCCCUCAAAGGAUAGAUCGAGCCGCGAGCGUUCCAGAGGCGACAGAUCCAGAUCUCGAUCGGGAAGCAAACACAGCAAGAGCCGUAGCCGCUCUCGCUCGCCCAUGAACGGUGAUAAGUCACCGGAAAGCAAGAAAGCCGAUUAAUUACAUAUUUUUAAUUAAACUCUAUUUUUUCUUUUUUUUGUACAUUGAAUCACAUUUAAAAAUCGCCAAUAUCUUAUAUCUUACAAUUUUUGAUUAUUAAUUGUAACAAUAAAGUUUCACGUUAUAAACCUGUA